CCUCAUCUCUUCUGGAGAUUCUCUCCAGAACCAAGAACUACUUAUCUCUGUGAUGAUGUCCCUCUGUUGCUAAGCUCCACUCACCCUAUGAACCUGGGACGGAAGAGUUCCGAGGAGUGAGCGGUGGCCCUGUGGAUGGGAGAGAGCAGGUGUCCAAGAUGCUGAGGGUUAUUGUGGAGUCUGCCAGGAUUAACCCACCUCUCAGCCCCCCGCCCAAACCCUGUGUGACUAUCUACUUCAGAGGUGUAAAGAAAAAAACCCGUGUGGAGGAAGGAAAUGGCCCCAGCUGGAAUGAGACCUUGAUCUGGCACCUCUGGAAUCAACCACUGGAAAAUGACUCCUUCCUGCAAGUCAUUCUUCAGGAUUCGGUCUCUAAAAAGAAAGAAAGGUUCAUUGGCCUGGCCACUGUACUGCUCAAGCCCCUGGUGCAAAGGCCAAAUGAAGUCUUUUUUGUGAAGAACCUUAUCCUGCUCAACCAUUCCAUGAAGCCUACGAAUUGUACUGUCACCCUACAGGUGGCCCAAAGAUAUGUCCAGGAAACUGAGAUGACAGGCGAUGAAGAACUCACAGGCGCAAUCAUGAACAAGGUGACUCAGCAGAAACUAAUGAUCCCUGGCUUCACCAUGCACAGGGCUCUGGCUUCCAAGCCUCAACACUUUCAGGUUCGGCUGAAGGUGUAUGAAGCACGCCAGCUCCUGGGCAACAACAUCAAGCCAGUAGUGAAGAUAAACAUUGCAGGCCACCGGCAUGUCACUCGGAUCAAGACAGGAAACAAUCCUUUCUUUGAUGAGGUAUUCUUCCAGAACUUCCAUGAGGUUCCUGCAAAGUUCUUUGAGGAGAACCUCUUAAUCCAGGUGGUGGACUCUGUGGCAUCAAGAUCCAAAGCAGAGAUUGGGAGAUUCCAAACAGACAUUGGGUUUAUCUACCAUUCCCCAGGUCACACACUCCUUAGGAAAUGGUUAGGCCUCUGCCAGCAAAAGAAGACCACCAGAGGAGUGAGAGGCUACCUGAAGGUCACCAUCUCUGCCCUCGGUGUGGGAGAUCAGGCGUUGGUAGACCAAACGCUGCCCUAUGAGACUGACACCAAGGUCCAGAUCUACAAGUCCACAGCAGUUCCCGUCAGCCUGGCCUACUUACAGUUCUUCAUCUACUGUGCAGAGGACAUCCAUUUCAGGAAGCACCAGUCAGCUGCUCCUGCCUUGGAGGUGGAACUAAUUGGGGACAAGCUCAGGACACAACCACAGAGCCAGUCUGACAGCCCAAUAUGGAACCAAAUCCUCACCUUCCAGAUUCAGCUGCCCUGCCUCUCUAGCUACAUCAAGUUCAGAGUCUUGGACUGCUCUAAACACAACUGCCAGGAAGAGAUCGGCUCUGCCAGCUUGUGCCUCAACCAGAUCUCGUCCACCGGCGAGGAGAUCCAAGGCAUGUGCUCUGGUUUCCUGCCCUGCUUUGGCCCUAGCUUCCUGACUCUCCGUGGGGGUAAAAAGGCCCCUUUCAGGACCCCAGAGGAAGGCACUUGUAUUCUUGACACUGUCAGGGAUGGUUUAGCUUAUCGAGGCCGAAUCUUCCUGGAGAUAAUUACCAAGAUCAAGUCUCAGCAAGACACUGUGAUAAAAGACCUGUCUCAGGAAGUGACCUGGGUGGAGAGGCAGCAGUAUCGCCACAAGUAUGGGCUGUGCGUCAUCUUCCUUUCCUGUACCAUGAUGCCCAAAUUUAAGGACCUGAUUCAAUUCGAGGUCAGCAUGGGCCACUACGGAAACAGGACGGAUCCCAACUACAAGCCUCUCGUGUCAACCACACAGCACAGCCCGGUGAUAUAUGACGGGAAUACGUACCAUUAUGUACCCUGGUAUGACAUGAAGCCUGUGGUGGCUGUGACCUCCAACUGGGAGGAUGUCAGCUUCCGAAUGAACUGCCUCAACCUCCUCCACAUCACCCGGGAUCACCUGAAAGCCAACCUGGACGUGCUGAAGUCCAUCCGGAACCCGAGGGAUCCGGCUCUGCUCCAACAGUGGGAGAAGUUGCUGAGGGAACUAGUGGAGGACUGCCGGCGCCCUCUGCCUUGUAUGACUGAUCAGCCCAAAGCGAACAACUUGGACAAUAACAAAUGGCAGCUCCGCAGCUGUCUUCUGCAGCAACUAGCACAAAGGGCCGAGGAGGCCGAUCCGAAGCACAUGGUGGACACUGCAGAGGACUGGCUGCGCCGCCUCAACACUGUGAUCCCUGAGCCCCAAGAGAGCCUUCCUGAUGUGAUGAUCUGGCUGAUGACCAAACAGCAGCGAGUGGCCUAUGCUCGGGUACCUGCCCACACGGUCCUGUUUUCCCCAGCAGGAGCCCUGAGCUCUGGCAAGUUCUGUGGGAAGAUUCAGAACCUCCUCUUACAGUACCCAGAAGGUGAAGGAGAGAACACACUCCCAGCCUACCUCCGGGUCUGCAUGUGGCUUGGCAACGUCACACACAGCAAGAACCUGAAGCUUCUGCAGCAGGGCAACAUGGUGGUGUAUGCAGAGACGUAUGAGAAUCAGGCCAAGCACAAAGAUCAGUGGGGACAGCAGGGACUGCACCACUGCCCCCACUUCUCAGAUGUCAUGGGACGCAAGGCUGUCCCCAAGACAGAGUUCAAGGCUCCCCCAGGAUGGCAUUGGCAGGACGACUGGAUGGUGGAGCCUCAGAGGAGACUCCUCCUGGACAUAGACAUCAACAAGAGCCAGGUUCUGGAAGAGGUGUAUGAGAACCAGUGCCGCAACACAGCAGGUGCCUGGGUGCCUGCAGCUAUCCCCAACACAGAUGUGAACGGACAGCCUGUGGGAGCCCUGAAGAAUGUGAAGUGUCCCGAAGGCUGGCACUUUAAGAAGAAUUGGAUCGUGGAGCUCAACCAUGCAGUGGACAGUGCAGGCUGGGAGUAUGGAGUGGGGAUCCCACCCUCUGGCAUGCCCCAGAUCUGGAACUCGGUGGAAAAGACUUACCAUUCAUUCCGCCGGAGACGCUGGGUGCGUGUGCGCUUCCGGAACCACAGGAAGCCGGAGCCGGGCCAGGAGCAUAGCCAGGAGCAGGAGACCCUCUCCUUCCUGCAGACGCAAGACCUCGAUGAGAGAAAGGAAGGCUGGGAGUACGGCACCUUUGACUCCAAGUUCCACCUGGACCCACAGCCCACAAGCCGGUUCCGUCGCCGCUGUUGGCACCGGCGGCUGGCACCUAACAAGGAAACGGGUGUCACUUCCAUAUUCCUCUUGGAAGGUUCCUUGGCUGUGGAGCUGGAAAACCAACCGAAGAAGGAGCAGGAGAAGACGUUGUCAUGGCAACAUUGGAGGGACUCCUGGAGGCACAACCCGGAGGAUCCCCGCAUUCCCACCAUGCCUUUCAUCUAUUGCAUCUUCAACAAACCUAACUACUACCAGCUCUUCUGCUAUAUCUACCAGGCCCGGAAUCUGAUGUACAAUCAGCUCUUAACCUUUCAGGAGCCUUUCAUCCGAGUGGUCUUCUUGAACCACAGCCUGUGCACCCAGACCCUGCAAAGCUCUGCAGCUCCGACGUGGGCCCAGACACUCAUCUUCCAGCACCUUCUGCUGUUUGAGGACCCCAAGGAAACCAAAGAGAACCCCCCGCUUGUGGUGCUGGAACUGUGGCAGCAUGACUCACGGGGAAACAAGAUUUUGUGGGGACGGAGCAUGUGGCCCCCAGUAGUCUGGCUGGACAUCCAAGGCUGGGUCUUGACCCCCCUGAGGUGGCACCCCCUUGCCAAAGAGUUGGGAGAGGAAGAGGCCGAGAUCUUUGCAUCCUGUGAGCUAAUCCUCGAGACACAGAAGCUGAAAGACACCCACCUGCCAAUCCUAAGUGUCCCCUGCAAGAAUGGGAUUUACAUGCUGCCCAAGGGCAUCCAGCCUACCGUGCAAAGGAUGGCCAUUGAGAUUCUGGCCUGGGGUCUUCGAAACAUGAAGAAGGUGCAUUGCCCCCAGCUUCUGGUGGAAUGUGGGGAAGAGUCCUUGAGGACAGAGCCCAUCAGCAACUUCCAGGAGAAUCCUAACUUCCCUACGUCCACCUUCUUCCUCACGGUGUUGAUGCCUGUGGAGGAGACCCACGCACUGCCUGUGGUGGUGAAAGUGGUGGACAACCAAGUCUACGGGCAGCAGAUUGUGGCCGGUCAAGCCAACAUUGACUUCCUCCAGCCCUAUUUCUGUGACCCCUGGGCUCUGAACUACAAACCUGUACAGCUGCCAAUCCUGUCUUUGAAGAAGCCUGACACUUUCCUAGACUUCCUCUACAAGAAGUUCUGGUUCACUUCCAGGAAAGAUGAGGAUGACUAUGAGCACGACGUGGACUGGUGGAACAAGCUCUUCUGGGCCACAGGCGAUGAGGACAAGACCCUGAAGUACAAAUACAAAAGCUACCAUACCCUAAAGGUGUAUGACUGUGAGCUGGAGGCAGUUCCAGACUUCCAGGGCCUGCAGGACUUCUGUCAGACCUUCAAACUUUACCAGGAAAAGCCCAAGGUGGACAGUCCUGUGGUAGGAGAAUUCAAGGGCCUCUUCCGUAUCUACCCCUUUCCUGAAGACCCGGAGGCCCCUAAACCCCCACGACAGUUCUCCUCUUGGCCCGAGAUUGAGGACUUCCCUCAGCAGUGCCUGGUGCGGGUGUACCUGAUACGCGCCAUCAACCUGCAACCACAGGACUACAAUGGCCUGUGUGACCCUUACGUGAUCCUGAAGUUGGGAAAGACAAAACUUGGCAGCCGGGACUCCUACUAUCCCAAUACUCUGGAUCCCAUCUUUGGCACGAUGUAUGAACUCACCUGUAAAAUCCCACUGGAGAAGGACCUGGAGGUCCAGCUCUACGACUUUGACCUAAUCACUUAUGAUGACGAGAUUGGAACUACAGUUAUUGACCUUGAGAACCGACUUCUGUCUAGCUUUGGAGCCCGUUGUGGACUCUCGAAAUCCUACUGCAAGUCAGGACCAUUUAGGUGGCGGGAUCAGAUGACCCCGAGCUCCCUGUUGGACCAGUAUGCCAAACAGAAAGGGCUGCCUCCGCCUGUAUUUGACCUUGAGGAUGACUCUGUUGUCUACAAUGGGAAGAAGUUUACGCUGCAGAACUUUGAGUCCAAGCCCCCUACCUUUAAGAGUUUGGGGCCUAAGAAGGAGCGCCUGGCACUGUACAUCCUGAACACCCAGGGGCUGGUUCCUGAGCAUGUGGAGACCCGCACACUAUACAGUAACAGCCAGCCAGGUAUUGACCAGGGGAAAAUACAAAUGUGGGUGGAUAUCUUCCCCAAGAUGCUGGGACCUCCUGGGCCCCAAGUCAACAUCAGUCCCAGAAAGCCUAAACGGUAUGAACUUCGUUGUAUCAUCUGGAGUACCGCCCAAGUGGACCUGGUUCGCCAGACCUUAAGUAAAGAAAAGAUGAGCGACAUCUACAUCAAAGGGUGGCUAUUUGGGCUAGAGAAGGACACACAGAAGACAGAUGUCCACUACCACUCCCUGACUGGGACGGCCACCUUCAACUGGAGGUUCAUCUUUACCCUGGACUACCUGGCGACAGAGCGCGUAUGCGUCCAAAGUCAGAAGGACUACAUAUGGAGCCUGGAUCCCACAUCGAUUAAGUUCCCAGCCCGGCUCAUCAUCCAGAUAUGGGACAAUGACUUCUUCGCCCCAGAUGACUUCUUAGGGGUCUUGGAGCUGGAUUUAUCGGACAUGCCCCUUCCGGCUCAGAGCAUCAAGCAAUGCUCCCUCAAGAUGAUGGAAGCCGACUCCAAAUGGUCCUACAUGCAGCAGAAGCACAUCUCUCUUUUUAAGAAGACCAAUGUAACUGGGUGGUGGCCUUGUCAGGUCUACCAAGAUGACAAGUGGCGUUUGUCGGGUAAAGUGAAGAUGACCCUUGAGAUGCUGCCAGAGAAAGAAGCUUUAAUCAGGCCGGCCGGACGAGGCCAGUCCGAACCCAAUCAAUUCCCUACGCUUCAUCCUCCUGUACGCAAUGACUCGGCUCUCUUGUGGUACCAAUCACCUAUUAAAAACUUCUGCUACGUUGUCUGCAAACGCUACCGCUCCAAAAUCAUCUGCUUAGUGGGGACCCUGGUCUUAGGGAUCAUACUGUUCAACUUCGUCUAUUCAGCUCCGAGCUAUUUGGCCAUGAAGUUGGUCAAACCUGAACUUCGGCUGAAUCCACCCAUUAAAAUAGUGAACCUCAUCGGCUCAGUGAACACCAGCCAUAUCAACUCUUCCAUCUUUACCAUGGAGGGCUCAAAACUACAGCCUUUAGAAGAUCAGAAGCCAGCAUCCCUCCAAGGACCCAAGAAACCCGUAACAGAGAUUCCAGCUCAAGGAUAG